AUAAUAAUAAUAAUAAUAAUAAUAAUAAUAAGACUAUCGCAAUCGACGUUGAAAGCACAUUAUCAGACGAAAGUACUUCCCAGACAGACCUUUGGAAUACAGUCUCGUAAUCUAUUUGUGUAUUCCUCUUAAUAAGACAGAACAGGAUUUUUAAAAUAUUCAAAUAUUCGACGAAGGCAAAAGAGCAAGAGUUUACAAAAAAAAUCAUUUCACUUUCCUGUAAAACAGAUAUAAAGACAGAGAAAAAAAACGUUUUAACUAAACUGGUGAAUAUAUUUUUUUGGAAUAUUGAAAACUGCAUUCACAUCCACAUUUCAUUUAUUUACUGAAACCGAAACUGGGGAAUUAGUAUUUUGGAGAAAUUAUUUCUGCAGUACUGAGAAAUAUUUAUGAUAUACUACUACUAUACAACAAAAUCAACAACAACAACAACAGCAACAAUGAACGUCAUCCAUAGUCUUCAACAACGUUGCAUACAUAUUGUACACUGCAAUUGCAGAAUUGCUCAAAUAUGAUCAAAAAAAUCUGUGAAAUGAUAAUUCGCUUAAAAAUUAAUUAAUUAAAAACCAAAGCAAAAAUCUCUUCAUCAUCAUGUUCUCAAAAUCUACCUGGUUUAGUCUCCAAAAGUAUACAAAUGUACGUAAUGGGAACUCAAUUCAUAUGCUUCUGCAAACGGUUGUUAUACACCUAUGCAUAUCAGUGAUCAAUGUUCAAUGCACUGUCGCUCAGAGCGCAGUUUUUCUUCAAGAAAAUGCAAUCACCAAGUCGACGAAAACAAAAUGCAUAAAUUCACAUGAGCUCAUUUCGUUUAAUGAAAAUGUCAACAAAGCUAAAGAGGUGUUAUAUUUAACACACAAUAGUAACCAUAAAUUGAGUGAUAAUAGUAAUAAUAAUGAUGAUAAAAAUGGAGACAACAGACUGAUUGAUACUCAGCACACAACAUUUACUCGUCUGUCAAAGUUACCAUUAGAAGUAAAACGGAGUAAAAGACAGUCUGUUUGUUCAGAGUGUAGACAGAAGCAUUAUGAUCAGCAGCGCCAGCGCCAGCGCCAACGCAAACCUCUUUUAAAUACACAAAAGUCAGAAAGGCUUAUUAAAAACACAAAACGCGCGCUUUUUAACAACACAUCAUACACCACUUAUGAGUAUGUACCUUUUAUUAAAAGUCCAGCUAAAAUUGUCCAUCCACCUUUGGAUACAAAAGCUAUCGCCGGAGAAUCGAUUUUAUUUUUCUGUCAAGCUGAAGGUAAUCCUACGCCAAGAGUUGUCUUCCGUUGGAAUGAUGUUGAAAUAACACAGAAUAGACCCGGGCUACAAUUUAAAGAAUUGUCUGCAGAUAGUGUUGCUUUACGCGCCAAGCUAGAAUUGAAUCAUAACGGAAAUACUGUAACAUGUUUUGCUCAGAAUCAUGUCGGUUCCGAUUCAGCUACAGCCCAGAUAUCAGUAUACAAUGCAAAUGAAACUCCACCAAGAGGAUUCCCUAAAGUGCAUCAAGAUCCAUCUGCUACAAUCAGUCAAGUUGGUGAUUCAACACAUCUACAAUGUGAUGUUUCAGCUGAACCACCGGCUACAGUCUACUGGAUUAAAGAUCAAUUCGAACUGAUCGAUACAAGUCUUCCAAGAUUUCGCAUUGUCAGAUCAGGAUCGCUUGUAAUUGAAACUCUGUUAGAAACUGAUUCAGGUGCUUAUGAGUGUAUGGCACGUAAUGAAGUCGGCACUGUACUGAGUAAUUCAGGUCAUCUGCAUGUACGACAUAAUCUUACAAUUGCUUAUCAUUUUCUUCAACAAAGAGGUAUUCAGUUUCCACCGACAAUCAAUGAAAUGCCGGAGAAAGUUGAAGUAUCACCUGGGAAGGGAACAAAUCUCACCUGCCGAGCUGGUGGUUUUCCGAUACCUAUGGUAUGGUGGUCAACGCUAGGUACACCAGCUGGACCACGUCAUUCAGGACCAAUUAUUCUAGCUGAACGUGCAUUGACAGAACCUCAACCACAUGAAGCUACUUUGCGUUUAACAGAUAUUACCGAGUCAUCUGGAUAUAAUUGUAUUGCAAAAAAUGGUCUGGGUUUAGUGCGACGAAAUGUUAGUGUUAUUGUUAGACAACUCCCUGCUCCACCGUCAAGUUUAGAUGCUCGACCAAUCGGUGGGACAUACGCAGUACUCAGAUGGCCACCGAGUAUCUCCACCGGUGUUGAUUCGUAUACAAUCAGUUUACAAGUGAAUGAUGGUGAUUUAGGUGAACUUGGCCGACGUCAAAUCACCAACAUUGAUCCAUCUGAAAUGAAAUCAGAAAUCUCACCUAGUUUAUUAGACAUGACUUAUUCUAAAGAAAGUCCAAUGAUUACUUACAAUCUAACUGAAUUAAGCCCAUAUACACUGUACACAGCACAAGUGCAUGCAGUCAGUAGAGUGGCUGGUUUAUCUUUGCCUAGUGAUUCAGUGAAAUUUAGAACUGCUGAAUUAGCUCCUGGAACACCUCCACAAGUUUUGCAAGCGAAUGUUGACUCUCCAGAUUCUGUGAUUGUCACCUGGAAGCCACCGAUUGAAGCCAACGGUCGUAUAACUGGCUAUAAAUUGUAUUAUACUACAAGACCAGAAGAUUCACUUAAUUCAUGGUUGAUUGCUAGAACAGCACAAGAGAAAUAUCAGCUAACAAAACUCGUCCCAAAUGCUACCUAUUAUCUAAAGGUUAAUGCAUACAAUGCUGCAGGCGAUGGACCCGUCAGUGAACAAUUACCCAUUGUAAUAACACCUGGAGUUCCAACUGCACCGACCAAUUUUCGUGGUGUAUCUAUAAAACCAACAAACAUCCAUUUAACAUGGACACCGCCAAAUAUGCCAAAUGAUCAGAAACUACUUGGUUACAAGUUAAGAUUUCGACCAGCCAGUACAAAUAGUCUAAUCAAACCAUUAGAUUAUACACAACAACAACAACAGCAACAGAGUACAAAGGCAUUAGUCACCGAAACACGUGAUAUUGAUGCAGACGCCACACAAUACUUGAUGACCGAUCUAGAACCAAGUACACGGUAUUAUUUAAGUUUGGCUGGUCAAACUGUACACGGUUAUGGAGUGGCGGCACAAAUUGAAGUACAAACUAAUGACUAUCCUUUCGAUCUGCCUAGACCAAAAAAUGUUCACCUACGUACACUGACAAAUGUCAGUGCAAAAAUAUGCUGGGAUCGACCAAAUCUGCCUGAAUUAAUGUACUCUAUCAUAUCCUAUGAAUUGUUAUUCGGUCUAUCGAAUGAAGCCAGCAGCCCAUUGAAUGCUACCGGGAUAAUACCGUUGCCCCAGACAAUCUGUUGUUGUUUCACCCUGCUACAUUUACGCCCCGGUACUGAUUAUCGGAUAUGGUUACGUUUGGCUAGUCAUAGAACUCUACCGAAUACAAUCGCUAGCAAAAACACCGACACCAAGAACAAUAAUAAUAACAAUAACAACAACAACAAUAAUGGAUUAUUCACGAGUAGAACCAAUUCACCUUGGUCAUCAAUUGACUCCAAGAAUAAGAUUACUGGUCCAGUCUCGGAACCACAAGCUUUCCGUACAUUAUUUACUAACGUUCCAAUGAAACCUAGGAAAUUACACCUUGUCGGCAUACAUAAAAGAUCACGACUAACAUCAUCAUCAUCAGCAGCGUCAGCAUCCCGUCCAGAUCAGUCUCUGGCACGUGGAAUCAUUGAUCUACCCUAUCUGUGUGUUGAAUUAGCCUGGGAUCCACCUGAAGGAUUGCAUACAACUCGACAGGUUAGCUAUCAAGUGUUUGCACGACUAAUUGGUCCACAAGAAUUAGUGAAUGAAUUAACCGAUACUACACUGGGUUCAAGUGAACCAUACGGAGCAAGUUUAGAUCGUGAUACUACUGGUCAUCCAUUGUUACAGAGAAGACUAUUGGCCAAUGUUACUGGGAAUACAUUCAGGUCAUCAGAAAGUGAUAAUAUUGGUUACGGAUUGACUUAUCUGUUUGAAGUUGUACUAAUGAACACAAGUUCUACAGGUCUUACAGCUCAGCUAGAAGUGACAACACCCGAUGCACCUCCAUCCAGUAGUCCGUUACACGUUCGUCUGAGCGGUUUAUCAUCCAGUUCAGUUGAAGUCAGCUGGGCACCACCGCCUCUACAAUAUCGUAAUGGAAAAUUGACAGGAUAUGAGGUCAGGUUUUUCGAGGUGGGUGCUGAGACACAGACUGAGACGAAUAUCAAAGUCACAGUGCCUGGUCAACGACAAUAUACAGCAAGAGGAUUGAAAGAGAAGACAUUCUACACAUUUAUGGUCCGUGCUUUCACGUCUGCUGGUCCCGGUCCUUGGUCUGGUGCCAGUAAUAUACGUACAAGUGUAGAAUUGCCACCACCACCCUUGGAUAUUCAAGCUUCACGAAUUAAUCAACAUCAAAUAAAAGUCACUUGGCGAAUACCAACACGUGAAGAUCACUCAGGCACAGGUGGUAAACAAAUGUCUAUUCAAGGCUUUCGAUUAUUGUACUCAGCAAAUAAUAAUCCAUAUGAAGCUGGUCAAUGGACAUCGUUUGAUGUUGGCCCAGUUAACAUGGCUAUCAUCAGUCAUUUGGAGAGUAAAACAAGUUAUGUGAUAUGCAUUAAAUCUCGUGGCCCAGAUGGACGUUACGGGGAUUGUAGUCAACCAGUGAUAAGUCGUUUAGCGACUGGUAAUAGUGAAAGUGACUUUUCAGUACGUGGUCUGUUCUGUUCUGGUGAUGAUACAAGUGUUAAAGUUACCUGGCAACAACCGAAAAGAACGGAAAAAUUAGAAGGAUUUAAGUUACGGAUUGGAGGUUCAAAGAAAUUUGCUGAUGAUGCUGGUGUAAUUAAACGGCUGGAAUUUCCAGCACGUAGUGUCAGUGUAACAUAUGCAGCCUUGCAUUCAGGUUAUACAUAUACAGUUAGCGACUUAGAGCCGAACAGUGUUUACGAUGUCCAAUUGAGUGCUUAUUAUGAUUUAACAUUGAAUAUGCAGAGUAAUUGGGAGACUACCAGUUGCUUUACACAAAUGCAAAGGCCUCCGUUUGUACCAACUCCGAUACCUGUGGCUGUAUCACCGAGUCGACUGCAAGUUAUGCUUCAAUUGAGUCGUGUCAGUGAACAGUAUGGUAAAAUACGUCAAUACUUUCUUGUAGUAGCACCUGUUCACUUAGCGGAUAGUUUGACUGAACAGAUCAGCAUCGAUACAACAAUUACAGCGUCACGAGGUCUUCCAAGCUCUGAGACGCGUUAUGUUGCCGCUAGAUAUCUACAGGAUUUCUUUGACCCUCCACCUAGACACUCUAGAAAUUUUACUCUGGGCAGCUACAAUGUCAAGUUGAAUCGACCAGUAAGACAGGCGAAUUCAAGUCGCGCUAGACGUCAGGCACCAGGAACAGAGGAUGGAUUCACCGAUGAAAUAGAUUCAGAUAUAGUGUUUGAUAAUAAAGCUUUAGUUCUUGGACAGGAGUACAAAGCAUUUGUCAGAGCAUGUGUAUUUCAAGAAGAUCAGUCAACUUCUGAUGGACCAGAAGCGUGUACAUCAUCUGCUUGGUCACAUGGUUUCGGACCUGAUCGUCAACUUCCUCCAUGGAGUGAAAUGAUGAGUAAACAUCUAAUGAAUAGUGAAUUGGCCGGUAAGAACUCGAUGGAUACUGAUGAUGGCAGAAGUAGCACUUCAUUUGGAUUUAAUCUUGCCCGCGGGUUCACAGGAUCAGGAAAUGAUAUAUUUAUUAUCACGAUAGUGGCUGCAGUGGUUGGCUUAGCAUUGAUAGCGGUUAUUUGUAUUGCCUUUGGAUGCUUUAUGAAGCGUAAACGUCGUCCUAAACUUAUGAAUCAUUUAACUCCAAAUGAUUCAACAAUGAAACAACCAUUAAUGCGAAUGAAUGAUUGUGGUCCUACAGCCAACGGGAAUAGUUUCCCCUUGAUAUCAAGUGGCAUAGAAGCAGCAAUGAAUAGUAAUCUAGUCUCAUCGAUUGAUAAACGUGGCAGUUCACUGACAGGGAAUGAUAGUCUACAGAGUGCAACACUGUUAGCUGCUUCAUCACCAGGUCCCCCUCACUCUUCGCUAAUCUCAUCGAUAUCGGCUACAACAGGUCGACCAAAUCUAAUCACAUCAGCUACAUCAAGUCCACUUACAGGUAUUACAGGCCAACUGGAUCCAAGACAUCCUCACCAUCAUCAUCAAAUGUCAUUAGUCUCACCACCAUUGAUUGAUAUGUCUGUACAUCAUGGCCAGCCUCUUGGACUAACUAAUGUCUCGACCCCACCGACUAUUCAACAGCCUAUAAAUCCGUUUUUAUCUCAUCGAGGAACAUCCAGUAGUCAUACUGGUAGUCAUCCAAGUUCACUGACUGGGAGUGGUACAGGAGCUGUACACAAUGUGUUAGGUAUAAGCAACAAUUAUAUGAAUGAAAAUAAUAAUAGUAGCAAUAAUAAUACAAUGUGUGAUGGUUUAGUCAUUUCAAGAAAUGGACUUCCAGGAUCUGAAAGUGGACCAGAAUCAGCGUUCGACAUUCAACAAUUGCCGUUUGAAAUGAAAGGUCAUUCAAUGCACCAUCCAAUUCCAGUUAAUAUUCUACCAGAUCAUGUGGCGCGACUUUCAGCCGCUGACAAUCUUUUAUUUUCCCAAGAAUAUGAAUCAAUUGAAACGGAACAACAAUUCACCUGGGAGAAUUCCAAUCUUGAAGUGAAUAAAUCGAAAAAUCGUUAUGCCAAUGUGAUUGCCUAUGAUCAUUCCAGAGUUGUACUCCAAUCGAUUGAUUGUGUUCCAGGUUCUGACUAUAUUAAUGCUAAUUACAUUGAUGGUUAUAGAAGAAUGAAUGCCUACAUCGCUACUCAGGGUCCAACACCAGAAACAUUUUCAGAUUUUUGGCGUAUGAUAUGGGAACAACGCGUAUCGAUAAUAGUCAUGAUGACAAAGUUGGAAGAACGUUCCCGUGUCAAAUGUGAUCAAUACUGGCCAUCACGUGGACCAGAAUCAUUUGCCGGUGGUCUUCUUCUAGUUAAACCUAUCGACACUAUUGAAUUAGCCUACUAUACAAUACGGACAUUUCAUUUAACCGCUCGUGGUAUUGAAGAUGAAUGCCGACAGGUGAAACACUUCCAGUUUACAGGUUGGCCUGAUCACGGUGUACCUGAAUAUCCAAUCCCAUUGUUACUGUUUAUUCGUCGAGUUCGAGCCACUUUAGCAGCGAAUACAAGUAGUAUGUGUCAGUCGAAUCAUAAUAUGGAACAAACACCGAUUGUUGUACAUUGUUCUGCUGGUGUAGGAAGAACAGGAGCAUUCAUUGUAAUCGACAUAAUGCUGGAACGAUUGAAAUAUGAAAAAACUGUGGAUAUUUAUGGAUGCGUCAAAGCCUUACGCAGACAACGUAACUUUAUGGUGCAGACAGAAGACCAAUACAUAUUUAUCCAUUCAGCCCUACUGGAGGUUAUCGAUGCUGGGAACACUGAAGUUCUGGCGAGAAAUCUCUCCGCACAUAUUAAAAAGCUACGUAUGCUUGAUGCAACCGGUGGAUCUGGUAUGGAAUUAGAAUUCAAGAAAUUAGCUCAAUUUCGAUUACCACAUGCUAAAUACACAUCAGCACAAUUAAGUUGUAAUAAAAAUAAAAAUCGUUUAUUAAAUAUCCUACCGUAUGAAUCAACUCGAGUCCCCUUACAACCGAUACGGGGUGUUGAAGGAUCAGAUUAUAUCAACGCUAAUUUUAUUGAUAGUUAUCGUGAUCGUAAGGCGUAUAUUGCAACUCAAGGACCAAUGGCAAAAACAGUUGAAGAUUUUUGGAGAAUGAUAUGGGAGUUGAAUUCAAAUAUUGUUGUAAUGUUAACAAAUCUGAAUGAACGUGGUCGGGAAUGUUGUUAUCCAUACUGGCCGACUGAACGAUCUUCACGCUACCAAUAUUACGUUGUUGAUCCUAUGGUUGAAUACAACAUGCCAAAUUAUACUUUAAGAGAAUUCAAGCUAACAGAUGCGCGAGACGGUCAAGCGCGUACACUUCGCCAAUUCCAGUUCACAGAAUGGCCUGAGCAUGGUGUACCUGAAAGUUGUGAGGCAUUUAUAGAUUUUCUUGGACAAGUACACAAAACUAAAGAACAGUUUGGACAAGAUGGACCAAUAACUGUACACUGCAGCGCUGGAGUUGGCAGAACUGGUGUAUUCCUAGCCCUAUCUAUUGUCCUUGAAAGAAUGCGACAUGAAGGCGUUGUUGACAUGUUCCAGACAAUUAGAAUGCUUAGAACACAACGACCUGGUAUGGUUCAAACAGAAGAUCAGUAUCAGUUUUGUUAUAAUGCUGUUCUCGAAUAUCUCUCCUCAUUCGAUCACUAUUCAAUCUAACUAAUCACACAGAGAGUUGAAUUUUUAAAUUUUCUUUUUUUGCUUCCAAAUUCUGCAAUCCACCUACCCACUGUGGUUGUGUAUUUGGAGAACUGGGUGGUGGAGAAUAUACAUAUAUAUAUAUAUAUAUAUAU